AUGGCAUGUAUUUGGAAGUACACUCUAUUGCAAAUCGAAUCAUGGAUUCUGGCACAUCGCAUUGCCAGCAUGCUGGAGGGAACGGUGAUAGAGCAGGUGAACUACAUGGAUGCAGCGAGGGGGACGGGCGACAUGCAUGACGUGAAUGCUCUCGACAUGGAGUUAUUGCACCGCCACAUGCAGGACCUGCUUGCAGGGCGGCCCAUCGAGAUGCCUCUCUUUGACUCGGUUGACCGCCGCCGCUCGGGGUUCCGCCUCAUCACGCCGUCACCUUCCACUGUGGUGAGUUCCACAUUCCCCCGCCCUCCCUUCCAGAUUCUCCUUAAGGGAGUAUACGCGUUACACGCACGCCUCCGCCCAUUGUUGGACCUUGGGAUUGCCGUGGUAGGAGGGGUGCACUACACGCUGCUUCAGCGGGUCAAGUCUGACGUGGCACAGAGCGGCCUCCAGCUGUCACUCGCCUCUGUCAUGCACUCGGUGUUCCCGGCCUUCCCUCUCCACAUCGAGCCCACACUCGCACACACGCAGAGGUACAGGGCUUUUGCCAGCCAGCGCAGCAGUCCCCUCCAUCCCCUCCGUUCCCCCUUCUCUCCCCCCCCCGCCCCCGUGCUGCUCCCCCCACAUCAGAUCCGCAUCAGCAACAGCUUUGUUGCUGACUCCCUCCGCCACCCCUUCUACAUUCUCAAGUCCGAUCAGAUUGUGGAAGAGGAGAGAGUGAAGCAGGUGCUGGGGUCAACCCGCACCACACGCAACGAGUACCGUUAUGUGGAUGUGUAUUUGUCACCCCCGCACAACCCCACGCGCACCAAGGAGUGGAUCCGAGUGCGGCAAUGUGGCAUCCGUUACUUCCUCUCUGUGGGCGAUCAACGCGUGGUCGACAGAAGCUUCAUCAUCCGGCCCCGUGCUGAGUUCGAGGUACCAUCCACCACUCUCCCCGGUCUCAUCCAGUGCUCCUACGCGGUGGCAGUCAGCUUCUCUCGAGACUCUGUGGUGCUCUCCAACGGCGACCUCUCAGUGUGCAUCGACACCAUUCACCUGGGGGAAGGCCACAGCCACACAUACACUCAAAUCAAGGGGCCGGACAGGCAGAACCAUCCUCCCAUCCUUCCAUACACCCAUCCAUCUUCACUCUACUCCCCAUCCUACUGUCAUCGCCAUGCUCCAUGCCUCUCUUUUCUUAUUCCCCGUGGUCCGUUUGUGCCUCUUAUCCUUUUGUGCCUCUUAUCCUUUUGUGCCUCUUAUCCUUUUGUUCCUCUUAUCCUUUUGUGCCUCUUAUCCUUUUGUGCCUCUUAUCCUCUUAUCCUUUUGUGCCUCUUAUCCUUUUGUGCCUCUUAUCCUUUUGUGCCUCUUAUCCUUUUGUGCCUCUUAUCCUUUUGUGCCUCUUAUCCUUUUGUGCCUCUUAUCCUUUUGUGCCUCUUAUCCUUUUGUGCCUCUUAUCCUUUUGUGCCUCUUAUCCUUUUGUGCCUCUUAUCCUUUUGUGCCUCUUAUCCUUUUGUGCCUCUUAUCCUAUUGUGCCUCUUAUCCUUUUGUGCCUCUUAUCCUUUUGUGCCUCUUAUCCUUUUGUGCCUCUUAUCCUUUUGUGCCUCUUAUCCUUUUGUGCCUCUUAUCCUUUUGUGCCUCUUAUCCUUUUGUGCCUCUUAUCCUAUUGUGCCUCUUAUCCUUUUGUGCCUCUUAUCCUUUUGUGCCUCUUAUCCUUUUGUGCCUCUUAUCCUUUUGUGCCUCUUAUCCUUUUGUGCCUCUUAUCCUUUUGUGCCUCUUAUCCUUUUGUGCCUCUUAUCCUAUUGUGCCUCUUAUCCUUUUGUUCCUCUUAUCCUUUUGUGCCUCUUAUCCUUUUGUGCCUCUUAUCCUUUUGUGCCUCUUAUCCUUUUGUGCCUCUUAUCCUUUUGUGCCUCUUAUCCUUUUGUGCCUCUUAUCCUUUUGUGCCUCUUAUCCUAUUGUGCCUCUUAUCCUUUUGUGCCUCUUAUCCUUUUGUGCCUCUUAUCCUUUUGUGCCUCUUAUCCUUUUGUGCCUCUUAUCCUUUUGUGCCUCUUAUCCUUUUGUGCCUCUUAUCCUUUUGUGCCUCUUAUCCUUUUGUGCCUCUUAUCCUUUUGUGCCUCUUAUCCUUUUGUGCCUCUUAUCCUUUUGUGCCUCUUAUCCUUUUGUGCCUCUUAUCCUUUUGUGCCUCUUAUCCUUUUGUGCCUCUUAUCCUUUUGUGCCUCUUAUCCUAUUGUGCCUCUUAUCCUUUUGUUCCUCUUAUCCUUUUGUGCCUCUUAUCCUUUUGUGCCUCUUAUCCUUUUGUGCCUCUUAUCCUAUUGUGCCUCUUAUCCUUUUGUUCCUCUUAUCCUUUUGUGCCUCUUAUCCUUUUGUGCCUCUUAUCCUUUUGUGCCUCUUAUCCUUUUGUGCCUCUUAUCCUUUUGUGCCUCUUAUCCUUUUGUGCCUCUUAUCCUUUUGUGCCUCUUAUCCUUUUGUGCCUCUUAUCCUUUUGUGCCUCUUAUCCUUUUGUGCCUCUUAUCCUUUUGUGCCUCUUAUCCUUUUGUGCCUCUUAUCCUUUUGUGCCUCUUAUCCUUUUGUGCCUCUUAUCCUUUUGUGCCUCUUAUCCUUUUGUGCCUCUUAUCCUUUUGUGCCUCUUAUCCUUUUGUGCCUCUUAUCCUUUUGUGCCUCUUAUCCUUUUGUGCCUCUUAUCCUUUUGUGCCUCUUAUCCUUUUGUGCCUCUUAUCCUUUUGUGCCUCUUAUCCUUUUGUGCCUCUUAUCCUUUUGUGCCUCUUAUCCUUUUGUGCCUCUUAUCCUUUUGUGCCUCUUAUCCUUUUGUGCCUCUUAUCCUUUUGUGCCUCUUAUCCUUUUGUGCCUCUUAUCCUUUUGUGCCUCUUAUCCUUUUGUGCCUCUUAUCCUUUUGUGCCUCUUAUCCUUUUGUGCCUCUUAUCCUUUUGUGCCUCUUAUCCUUUUGUGCCUCUUAUCCUAUUGUGCCUCUUAUCCUUUUGUGCCUCUUAUCCUUUUGUGCCUCUUAUCCUUUUGUGCCUCUUAUCCUUUUGUGCCUCUUAUCCUUUUGUGCCUCUUAUCCUUUUGUGCCUCUUAUCCUUUUGUGCCUCUUAUCCUUUUGUGCCUCUUAUCCUUUUGUGCCUCUUAUCCUUUUGUGCCUCUUAUCCUUUUGUGCCUCUUAUCCUUUUGUGCCUCUUAUCCUUUUGUUCCUCUUAUCCUUUUGUGCCUCUUAUCCUUUUGUGCCUCUUAUCCUUUUGUGCCUCUUAUCCUAUUGUGCCUCUUAUCCUUUUGUGCCUCUUAUCCUUUUGUGCCUCUUAUCCUUUUGUGCCUCUUAUCCUUUUGUGCCUCUUAUCCUUUUGUGCCUCUUAUCCUUUUGUGCCUCUUAUCCUUUUGUGCCUCUUAUCCUAUUGUGCCUCUUAUCCUUUUGUGCCUCUUAUCCUUUUGUGCCUCUUAUCCUAUUGUGCCUCUUAUCCUUUUGUGCCUCUUAUCCUAUUGUGCCUCUUAUCCUUUUGUGCCUCUUAUCCUUUUGUGCCUCUUAUCCUUUUGUGCCUCUUAUCCUUUUGUGCCUCUUAUCCUUUUGUGCCUCUUAUCCUAUUGUGCCUCUUAUCCUUUUGUGCCUCUUAUCCUAUUGUGCCUCUUAUCCUUUUGUUCCUCUUAUCCUUUUGUGCCUCUUAUCCUUUUGUUCCUCUUAUCCUUUUGUGCCUCUUAUCCUUUUGUGCCUCUUAUCCUAUUGUGCCUCUUAUCCUUUUGUUCCUCUUAUCCUUUUGUGCCUCUUAUCCUAUUGUGCCUCUUAUCCUUUUGUGCCUCUUAUCCUUUUGUGCCUCUUAUCCUUUUGUGCCUCUUAUCCUUUUGUGCCUCUUAUCCUAUUGUGCCUCUUAUCCUUUUGUGCCUCUUAUCCUAUUGUGCCUCUUAUCCUUUUGUUCCUCUUAUCCUUUUGUGCCUCUUAUCCUUUUGUGCCUCUUAUCCUUUUGUGCCUCUUAUCCUUUUGUGCCUCUUAUCCUAUUGUGCCUCUUAUCCUUUUGUGCCUCUUAUCCUAUUGUGCCUCUUAUCCUUUUGUUCCUCUUAUCCUUUUGUGCCUCUUAUCCUUUUGUGCCUCUUAUCCUUUUGUUCCUCUUAUCCUUUUGUGCCUCUUAUCCUUUUGUGCCUCUUAUCCUUUUGUGCCUCUUAUCCUAUUGUGCCUCUUAUCCUUUUGUGCCUCUUAUCCUUUUGUGCCUCUUAUCCUAUUGUGCCUCUUAUCCUUUUGUGCCUCUUAUCCUUUUGUGCCUCUUAUCCUUUUGUGCCUCUUAUCCUUUUGUGCCUCUUAUCCUUUUGUGCCUCUUAUCCUUUUGUGCCUCUUAUCCUUUUGUGCCUCUUAUCCUUUUGUGCCUCUUAUCCUUUUGUGCCUCUUAUCCUUUUGUGCCUCUUAUCCUAUUGUGCCUCUUAUCCUUUUGUGCCUCUUAUCCUAUUGUGCCUCUUAUCCUUUUGUGCCUCUUAUCCUUUUGUGCCUCUUAUCCUAUUGUGCCUCUUAUCCUUUUGUUCCUCUUAUCCUUUUGUGCCUCUUAUCCUAUUGUGCCUCUUAUCCUUUUGUGCCUCUUAUCCUUUUGUGCCUCUUAUCCUUUUGUGCCUCUUAUCCUUUUGUGCCUCUUAUCCUUUUGUGCCUCUUAUCCUUUUGUUCCUCUUAUCCUUUUGUGCCUCUUAUCCUAUUGUGCCUCUUAUCCUUUUGUGCCUCUUAUCCUUUUGUGCCUCUUAUCCUUUUGUGCCUCUUAUCCUUUUGUGCCUCUUAUCCUUUUGUGCCUCUUAUCCUUUUGUGCCUCUUAUCCUUUUGUGCCUCUUAUCCUUUUGUGCCUCUUAUCCUAUUGUGCCUCUUAUCCUUUUGUGCCUCUUAUCCUAUUGUGCCUCUUAUCCUUUUGUGCCUCUUAUCCUUUUGUGCCUCUUAUCCUAUUGUGCCUCUUAUCCUUUUGUUCCUCUUAUCCUUUUGUGCCUCUUAUCCUAUUGUGCCUCUUAUCCUUUUGUGCCUCUUAUCCUUUUGUGCCUCUUAUCCUUUUGUGCCUCUUAUCCUUUUGUGCCUCUUAUCCUUUUGUGCCUCUUAUCCUUUUGUUCCUCUUAUCCUUUUGUGCCUCUUAUCCUAUUGUGCCUCUUAUCCUUUUGUGCCUCUUAUCCUUUUGUGCCUCUUAUCCUUUUGUUCCUCUUAUCCUUUUGUGCCUCUUAUCCUUUUGUGCCUCUUAUCCUUUUGUGCCUCUUAUCCUAUUGUGCCUCUUAUCCUUUUGUGCCUCUUAUCCUUUUGUGCCUCUUAUCCUUUUGUGCCUCUUAUCCUUUUGUGCCUCUUAUCCUUUUGUGCCUCUUAUCCUUUUGUGCCUCUUAUCCUUUUGUGCCUCUUAUCCUUUUGUUCCUCUUAUCCUUUUGUGCCUCUUAUCCUAUUGUGCCUCUUAUCCUUUUGUGCCUCUUAUCCUUUUGUGCCUCUUAUCCUUUUGUGCCUCUUAUCCUUUUGUGCCUCUUAUCCUUUUGUGCCUCUUAUCCUUUUGUUCCUCUUAUCCUUUUGUGCCUCUUAUCCUAUUGUGCCUCUUAUCCUUUUGUGCCUCUUAUCCUUUUGUGCCUCUUAUCCUUUUGUUCCUCUUAUCCUUUUGUGCCUCUUAUCCUUUUGUGCCUCUUAUCCUUUUGUGCCUCUUAUCCUAUUGUGCCUCUUAUCCUUUUGUGCCUCUUAUCCUUUUGUGCCUCUUAUCCUUUUGUGCCUCUUAUCCUUUUGUGCCUCUUAUCCUUUUGUGCCUCUUAUCCUUUUGUGCCUCUUAUCCUUUUGUGCCUCUUAUCCUUUUGUGCCUCUUAUCCUUUUGUGCCUCUUAUCCUUUUGUGCCUCUUAUCCUUUUGUGCCUCUUAUCCUUUUGUGCCUCUUAUCCUAUUGUGCCUCUUAUCCUUUUGUGCCUCUUAUCCUUUUGUGCCUCUUAUCCUAUUGUGCCUCUUAUCCUUUUGUGCCUCUUAUCCUUUUGUGCCUCUUAUCCUUUUGUGCCUCUUAUCCUUUUGUGCCUCUUAUCCUUUUGUGCCUCUUAUCCUUUUGUGCCUCUUAUCCUUUUGUGCCUCUUAUCCUUUUGUUCCUCUUAUCCUUUUGUGCCUCUUAUCCUUUUGUGCCUCUUAUCCUUUUGUGCCUCUUAUCCUUUUGUGCCUCUUAUCCUUUUGUGCCUCUUAUCCUUUUGUGCCUCUUAUCCUUUUGUGCCUCUUAUCCUUUUGUGCCUCUUAUCCUUUUGUGCCUCUUAUCCUUUUGUGCCUCUUAUCCUUUUGUGCCUCUUAUCCUUUUGUGCCUCUUAUCCUUUUGUGCCUCUUAUCCUAUUGUGCCUCUUAUCCUUUUGUUCCUCUUAUCCUUUUGUGCCUCUUAUCCUUUUGUUCCUCUUAUCCUUUUGUGCCUCUUAUCCUAUUGUGCCUCUUAUCCUUUUGUUCCUCUUAUCCUUUUGUGCCUCUUAUCCUUUUGUGCCUCUUAUCCUUUUGUGCCUCUUAUCCUAUUGUGCCUCUUAUCCUUUUGUUCCUCUUAUCCUUUUGUGCCUCUUAUCCUAUUGUGCCUCUUAUCCUUUUGUGCCUCUUAUCCUUUUGUGCCUCUUAUCCUUUUGUGCCUCUUAUCCUUUUGUGCCUCUUAUCCUUUUGUGCCUCUUAUCCUUUUGUGCCUCUUAUCCUUUUGUGCCUCUUAUCCUAUUGUGCCUCUUAUCCUUUUGUGCCUCUUAUCCUUUUGUGCCUCUUAUCCUUUUGUUCCUCUUAUCCUUUUGUGCCUCUUAUCCUUUUGUGCCUCUUAUCCUUUUGUGCCUCUUAUCCUAUUGUGCCUCUUAUCCUUUUGUGCCUCUUAUCCUUUUGUGCCUCUUAUCCUUUUGUGCCUCUUAUCCUUUUGUGCCUCUUAUCCUUUUGUGCCUCUUAUCCUUUUGUGCCUCUUAUCCUUUUGUGCCUCUUAUCCUUUUGUGCCUCUUAUCCUUUUGUGCCUCUUAUCCUUUUGUGCCUCUUAUCCUUUUGUGCCUCUUAUCCUAUUGUGCCUCUUAUCCUUUUGUGCCUCUUAUCCUAUUGUGCCUCUUAUCCUUUUGUGCCUCUUAUCCUUUUGUGCCUCUUAUCCUAUUGUGCCUCUUAUCCUUUUGUUCCUCUUAUCCUUUUGUGCCUCUUAUCCUAUUGUGCCUCUUAUCCUUUUGUGCCUCUUAUCCUUUUGUGCCUCUUAUCCUUUUGUGCCUCUUAUCCUUUUGUGCCUCUUAUCCUUUUGUGCCUCUUAUCCUUUUGUUCCUCUUAUCCUUUUGUGCCUCUUAUCCUAUUGUGCCUCUUAUCCUUUUGUGCCUCUUAUCCUUUUGUGCCUCUUAUCCUUUUGUUCCUCUUAUCCUUUUGUGCCUCUUAUCCUUUUGUGCCUCUUAUCCUUUUGUGCCUCUUAUCCUAUUGUGCCUCUUAUCCUUUUGUGCCUCUUAUCCUUUUGUGCCUCUUAUCCUUUUGUGCCUCUUAUCCUAUUGUGCCUCUUAUCCUUUUGUGCCUCUUAUCCUUUUGUGCCUCUUAUCCUUUUGUGCCUCUUAUCCUUUUGUGCCUCUUAUCCUUUUGUGCCUCUUAUCCUUUUGUGCCUCUUAUCCUAUUGUGCCUCUUAUCCUUUUGUGCCUCUUAUCCUAUUGUGCCUCUUAUCCUUUUGUGCCUCUUAUCCUUUUGUGCCUCUUAUCCUAUUGUGCCUCUUAUCCUUUUGUGCCUCUUAUCCUUUUGUUCCUCUUAUCCUUUUGUGCCUCUUAUCCUUUUGUGCCUCUUAUCCUUUUGUGCCUCUUAUCCUAUUGUGCCUCUUAUCCUUUUGUGCCUCUUAUCCUUUUGUGCCUCUUAUCCUAUUGUGCCUCUUAUCCUUUUGUGCCUCUUAUCCUUUUGUGCCUCUUAUCCUUUUGUGCCUCUUAUCCUUUUGUGCCUCUUAUCCUUUUGUGCCUCUUAUCCUUUUGUGCCUCUUAUCCUAUUGUGCCUCUUAUCCUUUUGUGCCUCUUAUCCUAUUGUGCCUCUUAUCCUUUUGUGCCUCUUAUCCUUUUGUUCCUCUUAUCCUUUUGUGCCUCUUAUCCUUUUGUGCCUCUUAUCCUUUUGUGCCUCUUAUCCUUUUGUGCCUCUUAUCCUAUUACGGUGCUGACAGCAGCAGCGGCUCUGAGAUUGGAGGGGCCGUGGGUCACAGACGCUUAUGUCGACAUUGUCAUGCACCAUGUUGGCGCCCCUCGUCUGCCCACUCCGCCCCUCUCCUCCUCCUGGGUGCGCUUUGAGUCCGACCAGAUCGAAUCCCUCACCUCCUCCCCCUCCUCCUCCUCCUUCCUCACCGUCCCCUCCUCCCACCCUCCCCCCUCCACCACACUCGAACCCACCCAAUCUCAACCCACCCAUCCUCCUCCUUCUCAAUCCCCUCCUCUAUCCCGUUCUGACAUUCCUUCACCUCCAUACAAGUCCACACUCCUCUCCACCGCACCACCGCCUCCCUCCCAGUCCCCUCUCCCCCUCAGCAUCUCCGCAGCCCUCUCUGCCGCCUCUGCGCCUCUCCCUGUGCGCCCACGAGCCAUCAACGUCGGCUCGCCAGGCUCAUCCGGGGGAGGAGAGAGGGUGCAGGAAGGGGAGGGGGAGGAGAGAGGGGUGGAGGAGAGAGGGGUGGAGAGCGGUGUGGAGGAGCAGGAGCCGUGGACGCGUUCGCCCACAAGAGCGAGUGAAGCAGCAGCGAUGGCUGCCCCGGCAUCGUGGGGACUCACAGGCCUGGCGGACUCUGUAGGCCUCAUGCACACUCAGAUCAUCCAACAAGCCAUGGCUUCUGGUGAAACUGACCCCCCUCCAAGUGCCCCUGCUGCUGCUAGUGCAACUGCAGCGGAAGAGGGGAUGGCGGCAGCAGGCGGCGAGGGUGUGUAUCAGUCGACCUCCACCCUUGCAACGUCCCCACUCGCCCAUGGAGAACCUCUGCUUGCUGCUGCUGCUGGUAGCGACAGGCAGCAGCAGCAGACAAGCCGGCAGAAGAGAGUCCAGCCAGGACUGGGAGAGCGUGGCGGUAACCAGCAGGGCACAGAACAGCAGCAGAGAGUGGCGCAGAGAGCACAGCCGGGAGGAGGAAUGGCAGAGGAAGGGGCUGCGAGGAGAAGUGGAGAAAGGGAGGGUCCAGGACUGCAAGCGAGGGGAGAGCGGAGGGGAGAUGUGGAAGAGGAAAUGGGUGGCGUGGCAUCUGGAAUGGAAAGGCAAGGUUUAGCAAGAGCAGCAACAACAGCUUCGGCAUCAGCGUCACAAAGGGCACGGUUCGACCUCAUUCCCAAACGAGAGCAGUUCAACUUUGACAGAGGGCUCAGCCUCGCUGUGAUGGCCGUGCAGAAACUGCUCCGCAGCAACGGCCCUCCAGUCAUAGUGGGAAUCGGAGGACCCAGCGGGUCAGGCAAGACUAGCCUGGCCUGCAACCUCGCCCGCCUGCUCUCCUGCGACCUCCUCUCCCUCGACUCCUUUUUCAACGACGCUGCCGACGGCACCAACUACGAUGACGUGGCAGUCGUGGAUUGGCCACUGCUGCGCCGCAUGCUGCAGGACGUGCGGGAGGGGCGGCCAGCGGUCACUCCGGUGUUUGACUUUGGCACGAUGAGGAGGGUGGGAUACCGUCCCGUGCACAUGCGUGGGGAUGGGCACGGGCAUGGGACUGACGUGUCUGCAGCAUCUGUAUCGUCUGCAGCAGCAGCAUCGGCAGGAGUUGAGGCGUCGUGGGAGGCGGCAGGGGGAGCAAGGGAUGGUGGCGGCUGCGGCAGCAGCAGCAGUGGAGUGCUUGUUUUGGAGGGAACGCAUACGUUGCACCCCCUCCUGCAACAACGACUUGACUUGCGUAUUGCUGUGGACGGGGGAGUCCAUUCUCACCUGCCAGCACGAGUGCUCUCCGACCUGCAAGCCUGUCGUAUCUCUCGACCAGCAGGGGACAUCGAGGCAACGCUCUUCCCACUCUUCCGCACCCAGAUCCAACCUUUCCUCUCCACCGCUCAUCUGCGAGUGGUCAACAACUUCGACCCCUUCCAUGCCCGCGACGCGUCACAAUUCGUCCUCAAGAGUGACAAGAAGGUUUCGGAGGAGGACAUUCUGCGAGUGGUCGACCCUUCCACCCACCACCAGCGCCAGCUGUCCUACACAGACGUCUUCUUUUACCUGCCCGGGCUGCACCCGGAGGGGCCUGUGAGGGAGUCUGAUUGGAUCCGCGUGCGCUGCUGCAACAACCGGUUUGCGGUGCUCAUCCGUGAGCCACUGACAGAGGGCGACUUUGUGAUUCAGCCGCAAGUGGAGUUUGACAUUGGGCUGUCCACAGUGGCAGGGCUAGUCAGGCUGGGGUACCAGGCAGGGUUGUUCAUGGAAGUUUCAGCCACUGUGUUCCAAGACGACCAGAUUUCAGUGGAGUUGGUGGGAAUCAAGGGCCUGAACGGGCGCCGCUUUGUGCAGAUCAAGGGCAGCAGCCGGGAUGCCGUGGCUGCUGCAGGGCGAGCCAUGCGGCUGGAUGGGACGUACGUCACCAAGCCAUUCGUGGAGAUAAUCCACGACAGCAACCGCGUGUUCUUCUCGGAGUCGGUGGACGUCCGUCGAAGCCAGCAGGCCGCCCGCCUGCACGCCUUGCUGCAACGAGUAUCCCCUCAGGGCGCUCCGUCGUUUCUUCCCAGCAGCACCACCACCACAAGCCAAGGCCAGCCACCCAUUGCAGCCAGCUGGCAAGGCGCUGCUGCUGCCACGUCAGCAUCGCCCUCGGCCGCCAGCCUGGCAGCCCGACUGCAGCUGCUGGAUGCUCGGCUGACCUCACUGGAGCGAAUGCAAUUCCUCAACACUGCUCUCCUGGGGUCGCUCCUUCUCUGCUGCUGUGUCGCCCUGCUCUUCUCCCGCCGCCCGCGUCGAUGA